AGCCGAGCGGCGGAGGCGGCCUGGAGGCGGUCCGGCGCGGCGGGGCCGGGGGACCUGGCUUCAGCGCCCGGCGAAGCGCGGCAGUCAGCGAGGAGGGUCUGCGACCGAGGCUCAGCGCCAUGUCCUCCACGGUGAAUAACGGGGCAGCCAACAUGCCCGCCCCGCCCGACGCCUCCAACGGCUUCCCGCAGCCCGGCGCUUCCUCCGCGGCCUGGCCGCGGGCCGAGGACGAGCUGCGCGCCGCCGAGCCCGGCCUGGGGAAGCGCGCGCACCGCGAGAUCCUGGACCACGAGCGCAAGCGGCGUGUGGAGCUCAAGUGCAUGGAGCUGCAGGAGAUGAUGGAGGAGCAGGGGUACUCGGAGGAGGAGAUACGGCAGAAGGUGGGGACUUUCCGGCAGAUGCUGAUGGAGAAGGAGGGCGUGCUCACCAGGGAGGACCGGCCUGGGGGCCACAUCGUGGCGGAGACCCCGCGGCUGACGGAGGGCGGCGAGUCUGGCCCUGAGUGCGGGCCCUUCGAGAAGGACGGCGGCCCGGUGGACUGCGACUGCCCGGCCGCCUGCUACCGCGGCCCUCGGGGCUACAGGACCAAGCACUGGUCCAGCAGCUCGGCGUCACCCCCUCCCAAGAAGAAGAAGAAGAAGAAAGGAGGUCACCGCCGAAGCCGCAAAAAGAGGAGACUAGACUCAGAGUGCAGUUAUGGGAGUGUCUCCCCCCUGCGCAAAAAGAAGAGGAGUGUGAGGAAGCACCGCAGAAACAGGUCUGAUUCUGGGUCCCAGCGGAAGAGACGGCACAGAUCCCGAAGCCCCAAGGGCAAAAGGAAAGAGAAGAACAGAGCGAGGAAGAGGCUGCACGGGGAGUCCCCAGGCCGGCGGUCCCACCGGCACAGCAGCGGCAGCUCCCACAGCCCCACCCUCUCCUCCCACUGCAGUGAUUCCCGGUCACCUAGCAGGCUCAGCCCCAGGCACCGAGACAACGGACGGAGGACAGGCAGCCAGCGGUCCAGCGGGAGCCGGUCGCCUUCCCCGUCCGGGGGCAGCGGAUGGGGGUCGCCCCAGCAGAACGGCGGCAGCGGGCAGCGCAGCGGAGCGCCGGGGGGCCGCCCGGGCCCGCCACACACCCCGUCCGAUGUACCUUGGCGUGACCCACACGGAUUUGGCAAGUGGCCACUGACUGCUGCCCCCAUUGGGGCACUCUCAAAGUCCCAGAUCCAAGGGGAAUGGAGACAAGGAGACCCCUGGCCACUGCUGGAACGGCCCCGGGCCUGGGGGCCCCAGGACAGGCAGAGCUCGGAACCCUGCACUCCUGCUGAGCUCACUCUUUCUUCCUGGCAGUGCCCGCAAGCGCCCCAUCCCCUACUACCGGCCAAGCCCCUCCUCCUCCUCCAGCUGCCUGAGCAGCGACUACUCCAGCCGGAGCCCCAGCCACGGAAGUUACAGCAGCCGGAGCCACGGGACCCGCAGUCGCACACACAGCCCCUCCCGGACCCCCAGUCCCAGCUACCACAGCCGGAGCAGCUCAGAGAGUGGGGGCUUCUGAGCCAGACCCACCCAGCUUGGGGCCCGCUAUCCCUGGGAGAGGCAAGGGGCCAGGCCCCAGGACCAUGGGGGGCACUCCACCCCCAUGGCUACCAGGAGGGCCCAGGGGCCAGCACGUGGGCAGAUGGGACCGAGGAAGGCCUAGAGGGUAAAUGUCUGACAGCCAGGGAUGAGCUGGAUUCUGGUGCUUCUAGAGGGUGCCCACCCCCAUCUCUUGCCCACCGACUGGGUCCAGGGAACAAAGAGCCGAUGCAAACACAGGGACUCCUCUGGCUUGAGGCCAGCAGCCCAGGCUGAGCUUUAGGGGGAGCCCCCCCAACCCCACCCAUCACCAGCCCCCGCCCACCACCAUGGUCUGCACGUCACCUCCUACUGGGCACCCUCAGCUCCUCUGGGCAGACCUGGAGGUGGUCAGGAGAAAGGACACUCUCUGUGCUGGGCAGCUGACUGUAGGGGUCCUGCCUGGCUCAGAGCCAGAGCCAGGGACUGGACCUGCAGACCCCCUGCAACCCCUCUCCCCACUGCCGGGCCAAAGGAUAGGACCCCCUAGUCCCGGCCACUGGGCCAAAGUGCCCACGUCCACAGGCUAGUCUCUCCAGAGAGCUCUUGGCCCAGGCCACAGGUCCAAGCCACAGCAGCCAGGCCUGCAUGAUGGGGGUGGGGUUCACAGACCACAGCUGCACCUAGCCGGGCUCCCGCAGGGCUCCCAUCAGAAGGUGGACAGAGGACAAGGCAGAUGGAGGAGGAACCCGAGAAGAUGCCUGGGAGGGAGGUGAAGCAGCCGAGCCAGGGGACGUGGGAGGGCAGGGAGGCUGGUGGGCAGUGCCCCUGCCUGCCUGAGGGAUGGCGGGGAGCGGGUCCGGGACACGGGCUAGAUGACCAUACAAGGUCACGGGCAAAGGGACCAGGCACUGCAGGAUCUACCCAAGGGGGUCCCUCCUCCUCAGCACUUGGCAGGGAGGUGGCCAGCCAUGGUUCCCCCACCCCAGAAGGGCAGGGUUGGGCCUGGGCCGAGGGCCUCCACCUGGGACAAGGACUGGGCAGCUGUGGCCCCCCCGCCGGCUCUCUUCUGCUGCCCCUGCCCCCUCCUUCUGGCGCCCUCAGGGAAUUCACAAAGUCUUCCUUGGCCCAAUGGGGCAGACGCCCUGGGCUCCAGUGGGGGGAGGGGCUGGGGUCUCCUCCGGGUUCUGUUCCAUGUCCCUCACCCCCUUUCUCCGCGGUGUGGAUCAAAAUGGGACCCAAAUAAACACUCGGUGCCCGGAUGGCAGGUGGUGA